UAUGUUGGUAAAAGGAAAAAACUGACAAUCACAUACCUUCAUUUUUUCGAUUACGCUGCUCAAUCGAAGACGAAAGAAAAAGUUCCUUAUUUUGUUCUUCUUUGUUCAACGAUCAUAAAAUAAACGAAUUCUUUCUUCUGGGAUCGUUAAAUCGAUUCAAAAUGAGUGCGCAUCCAUUGCAGAAGACCAUGUCCCGCGCGAGAUCUAGGCGAAUUGUACUGCCUCCGGUUCAAGAGCAUAUUAUUAAAAUAGAAGACGUUAUCGACACCGGUGACUUCUAUGGGGCUCAACAGAUGUACAAAUCUGUCAGUGCAAGAUACGUGGCUGCAGAAAGGUACUCAGAAGCCUUGGUUAUUCUUCAGUCAGGGGCUUGUACCCAGUUGAAACAUGAGCAGGUUACUUGUGGAUCAGAGCUUGCUGUUUUAUUCGUAGAGACACUUGUUAAAGGCAAAGUUCCUUAUGAUGAUGAUACUCUUGAUCGUGUCAGGAAAAUUUACAAGAAUUUCCCUCAGAUUCCGUUACCUCAACACUUGGGGGAAGAUGAUGAUGUGCAACAACUUUCUGAAGCACUUGGUGCUGCAAAAACACGUGUAGAAGGAUGUUCCUCCUUUCUGAAAGCAGCUUUAAAGUGGUCUAUGGAGUUUGGAUCGCAUAGGAGUGGAUCUCCAGAAAUUCAUAUCAUGCUUGCUACAUACAUAUAUUCUGAGUCACCAGAAGUGGACAUGACCAGAGUAUCAUAUCACUUUGUUCGAGGAAAUAACCCCAAGAAGUUUGCUUCCAUAUUAGUGAAUUUUAUGGGCAAGUGUUAUCCAGGUGAAGAUGAUAUGGCUAUUGCACGGGCAGUUUUAAUGUACUUGGCUCUUGGUAAUCUAAGGGAUGCUAAUGUCCUAUUUGAUGAGUUAAAGAAGGAAGAAGAACGUGAUGAACUUGAGCUUCCUGAUUCAGAAUUGAUUGAGUUUAUCAUCUAUCUUUUGCUAACGUUGCAGAGAGACGCUUUGCCUCUUUUCAAUAUGCUGAAGGUAAAUUACAAGUCAAGUUUAGAGAGAGAACCUGCCCUGAAUGAGCUUCUUGAUGAAAUUGCAGAGAAGUUCUAUGGAGUACGGCGCAGAAAUCCCUUGCAAGGGAUCUUUGGAGACUUCUUGAAGAUGAUGGGCUGAUGAUGAGCGGCGAAUAGCGAGAUCCAGUCAGCUUCCUGCUACUGUUGACUGGUACAGCUUCUGUGCGUCCGGGUUGUUUACAAAGAUAGAAAUGGAUAAGCACGUGUUGGACUUAUUUCCAAAUAUAGUAGGUCACGUUUUCCCCUUUCUUGCAUUCACUAUUUGUUAUUGUUGAUAAGUGACCUUUUUUCUUUAACAUUAAUGAUCACUUGACUCUGCAUUAUUUGGUUUGACUGGGGUUUGGGGUUAAUUUAUUACAGCUUCUCCUUUUCACUUGCCUAUCUAAAUUUUUGCUUUUGUGAUGGGUAAGUACAUGAGUACUUGUGUAUAGUUUGUUCUUUUUCUCCCUUGUGGAAGUCAUUUUGAGAUUAAUUA